UCAAGCGUGACCUCCCAUUCGCUUGCAUUUCAGGUCUUCGGUUCUUAGCGAAACAGAGCCAUCGAUCGAGCCAUCGGCAACAAGCUCUGUGAUUUUAAUCAUGUUGAGUUACAUCAACGCUUUUUUUGCACUGAUCCUGUUGUGUUCAAAGCUGGACAAUAUCGAUGGAGCAGCAGUGAAGUCUCGCGGACUCGGACCAGCGAAGCCAUGUUCGCCAGACAUCUGCAAGCUUCCCGAUUGCCGCUGUAGCGGAGUCGACAUCCCAGGGAAUCUACCGAAAGAGAAAGUCCCCCAGAUGGUCAUGCUGUCCUUCGACGACGCUGUGAAUGGGCAAGUCUAUGGCUUUUAUGAGACUCUGUUCGCGGAUGGCGAGCUGAAGAAUCCAAACGGAUGUAAUGCAACGGCGACCUUCUUCGUCUCGCAUGAGUACACCGAGUAUCAAAUGGUGCAAGCGCUGUACCACAACAGACAUGAUAUAGCAGAUCACACAAUCUCACACAGGACGCCGACUAGCUGGUGGAAGUCGGCGAACUACAGCCAGCUGACGGACGAAAUAGUGGGACAGAGAGAAAUUCUGCGGAAAUGGGGACAGGUUGAGGUAGAGGACGUGGUGGGAUUCCGGGUCCCCUUCCUACAGAUCGCUGGUAACACCAUGUAUCAAGUUCUUUACGAUAACAAGUUUCUAUACGACUCGUCCAUGCCUACUCAGAAAUUUAUGGAUCCGCCGAUGUGGCCGUACACCCUAGAAUAUCAAUCAACACAGGAAUGUGUUAUUCCACCAUGUCCGACCGAUUCAUUCCCAGGUCUCUGGGAGGUCCCUAUGAUUGAUUACAACGAUUCACGAGGUAUGCCGUGCAAUAUGAUUGACGGCUGUUAUCCGCCAACCAACGAACAGGAAGCGUAUGAUCUCCUGUCCAGCAAUUUUGAAAGACACUACACGUCCACCAGCAGGGCACCAUUUCCAAUGUUCAUGCACGCUGUUUGGUUUCAAAAAUACCCCUUCACUCUAACUGCGGUGAAGAAAUUCCUGCAGGACAUACUCUCUCGUGGAGAUGUGUGGAUGCUUGGCAUUAAACAUGUCAUCGAGUGGAUCAAAUCACCCACCAGCCUCGAUGAUAUCGAAAAUUUUGCACCGUGGAAAUGCAACUCCCCUCCCCCACCCCCUCCGUGUGAUACCCCAAACGUCUGUGGCUUCCCUGACGAUCCGCACUACCUGUACACCUGUACUCGUCCAUGUCCGAAGCAUUAUCCCUGGGUUGGAAACCCGGAUGGAAAUUAACGCGUGUACAUAUCCCGGAAGGAUUGAUGGAUGCCCUUGACAGAGAUAAGAAUUAUCCCGGAUGAAAUAAUUUGUUUUCUUUGUUUGUUUGUUCGUUUAGUAAAUUUGUAAGCAAUGUGAUCAUUGUGCUGUAGGAACCAAAGACCGAACUGAGACGUGAAACGUGGUUUUUGUUUUCAAUUUAGCAUCGAGACCAUAAUUAAUUGAAAGAGUAAUAAUGGCCGGCAGUGGACUCUCAGUUGUCAGUUACGAUUACUGUGCAUUCAGUUAAAAUCUCAGCUAAUUUCUCUUGGAUCUACACACAACGAUGACUGUUUGUUGUGAAACCUUAUUUUAUGAUAGUGUUCAGGUAAAAUUGUCAGAAAUCGGGCUCGUUAUGAUGUACAACGGCCUUUAGGUUUUAUCUCAGAUCCAGAAUUUCAAGUAAUCAAACACCUUAUUGUAGUUGACAAUGUAUUUGCAAUGCAGGAAUAAAAGAAAGUAACAAAUUUUUAAA